UCGUUGAGACUUUCGUAUGAGAGAAGAAUAAGGCACUUUAUUGAAAUCAAACAGAAUUUUUUUCACACAUUGGGCAUUAUCUCUUUGGUGAUCAAUUCCAGUUUAGUAUUCGGCGCUAUGACAAGAUCUGUAAUAAUGAGUUUGAAGCUCCCAAUAGACCUGAACGGUCCACUCCUCAUCUAUGGAAUACUGGUAGGUUUAUGCUGCCGUUUGAGCGGUUUUAGUUUCCUCAUAGAUAUACCUCUGCUGCAAUCCUUCACCAUGUACUCCAUAGCUGUACCGAUUAUGUUGUACAAGAUGUGCUUUUAUUCCGAUUUGCAAGGGUUACAGAAGAAUAUUUUUCAAACAUUACUGAUAUCUGGACCUGGGUUAGUUGGCAAUGCCAUUCUAGUUGGAACCAUUAUUCGGUAUUUGUUGGCCAAGGAUUGGAAAUUGGUGGAUUGCGUUAUGUUCGGCACAGCAUGUGUAGUCAUAUAUCCCAAGGAAAACAUAAUGAUAUUGAGACAACAAGGAACAGAAUCCAAGCAUAUCUCUAUUUUACUAGAGGGAGAAACCAUCUUCGGGACAUUUAUGGCAUUUGGUCUGUAUCACAUUUUACUCACUGGUUUCGUAUCGUACUUGGAAAAGGUCAAGGACAUCGUGAUUGUCGUCAUGAGAUACGCCCUUGGUGGAACCAUUGUGGGAUACAUUAUGGGUGAAAUCAACUGCUUCUUCUUCUGGACAAUGUCAUCCAACGUGUCUAACAUUGUGCUAUUCAGUACUACCCUGCCCCUGGUCACUUAUUACAUUUGUUCAUACAUAAUUGGGAUCUCCGGAUCCAUAGCUAUAUCUAUAUGCGGCCUGAUGAUGGAUAGUAGAAGAUCGAUCUUGAAUAAGAGAUCAACUGUUCUCUGGAGGGAAUAUUGGCAGAUCAUCAGCUUCAUAACAGAGUCCAUAGUAUCAACUUCAGUUGGAGCAAUAGUCGGCUAUACGAUUGUUUGGUCCUCCAGUUAUACCGAUUAUGUAUUCAUGGUUUUGAUUUACUGCGCCACCUAUUGCGGAAGAUUUAUAAUUUAUGUCAUCCUGGCUCCCUUAUCCAGCAGAUUAGGAUAUGGAAUGAAUAUCCGAUGCAUGAUCGUUGCAGUUUGGGGAGGAACUCCAAGCUUAAUCAAUAUUUGCAUAGCUAUGCUGCCUUGGCAAGUUGAUGGAUCAACAGAGAAAGCAAUACCGAUGGUUUUCUUCUACGUAACAGGUCUGGUGAUCAUUUCCCUCAUUUUGAAUAUCUUCACUUUGUCACCUCUUUUGAUGUUCCUGAAGAUGGAUGUGCUAUCAUCGGCCCGAGAAAAGGAGGUUAUGUUGAGUUUGAAUCAUCUGAAGGGCAUCCAGAUGAGAAUGAUGAUGCUGAUGAAAUUGGAGAAUUUGAUGAGCGAAACUUCGUGGAAAUCAGUUGAGCAACUAACAACUCUGGAGAAUCCCUUCGGUAGAGAUUUUAGAGACAGCGAAGAAUACGAGUUGGAAGAAAACAUCGGUUAUUGUUCGGAAUGCAAUCAAGAAAUCUAUCUAUUCCCCAAUCAUCAAGAAUAUACGAAUCUGAAAUGUCGAAUAAGUUUGCGGUUGCUCUACACCAGAGAAACUCUCUUGAUCGAUUCGUUCUCCAAGGGAUUGAUAUCCGAAAAAUCGUUCAAAACGUUGAAUUCCAUGAUCAAGAGGGCGUUCGAUAAUCCCAAUAAUGAGAUUGAGAUUAAAGAUUUGGUCAAAUUGUUCAAAACAGAGAAAGGCCGCAGAAAAAACAGGAGUAAAUGUACACCAAUUUCAUGCUCGAUUUUGAGACCACGUGACUUUCCAUCGAAAAAGCCUAAUGCCUAUUGGAGAAGACUAUGCUAUCACGAAGUGAGACGUCAUCGUUUUCACGUUUUUAUGCUGGCAGUCAUACUGACCAACAUGACACUGAUACUGGUUGAAACCUGCAUAAACACAGCCAAUUUUAUGGAAGCCAAGGAUGUGUUCCUCGCCUUCGAUAUAAUUUUUGUUUUUAUUUAUACAUCUGAGCUUUUAAUCAAUAUUGCCGCUCGUUCUGCUAGAUCGUUUUGCAAGGACGGAUUGAAGAAUUAUUUCAGGUAUUUUCAAAUCUCUAUUCGUCUUUUUUUUCAUCUAAUAUACCGAGUGAUAUUUGAUAAGACUUUGGGAAAAACCAUUUCUGAUUUCAGGUCGAAGUAUAACUGUUUUGAUUUCGCCAUUCUGAUAACCAUAUGGACGAGUGCCAUUAUGGACAGUUAUUCAUACGUAGAUCAUGCUUUUGAGAUGAUACUGUUAGAGAACAGAUUAUGGUUUUCGAUUUUCAAGAGUUUGCGUUUGCUGCGAAUAAUUGAGUAUUGUUUUUACUCGAAAAUGGUUUUCGUCAAAACCGUGGAAUGUUGGAAGCAUCGUCGUUUAUUGCAGGCGUAUGACAUCGGCAAGGAUUUCUGGAUCCAAGAAAAACGUCUAGAGGAAGAAAUAUUACCACUUUUCUGUGAGGAUACUAAAAUGAGAAGAGAUUUUUGUGCCCGGAUGGAAAUGAAUUUGUCCGAGAUCCUGCAUGAAUUGCGUAAAAUUCAACACGAACAUCCUUGGAUUGCAGUAACAGCGAAAACCAAAUAUGCGGCGAAACUUAGUUUGGUUUCUAUGGCUGAAACGGUGGAAAACUUGAUGAUUGCUGGUUGGAUAGAUAAUACAGAAUAUGCAACGAUAUAUUCGAAACUUUCUUCUCUCAUGAGCAAAUGUGAACGAUUAAAAAAACUCAAGGACAAUGAUCCUGAAAAAAUUUUCUCGAAUACUUCGUGGUUGAGAGACUAUUCAAGAUCGAAUGCCCUGCUAAAGGAAGCUAAAAUGAUAGCGUUUGAUUCCGGAGAAAUUCUUUUCGCAGAAGGGGAUUUGUCAGAUGGCAUAUAUGUUAUCGUUUCAGGCACAUGUAAUAUGUUUUACGUACCAAAGGAAGAAUAUUUGACCAGACUAGAUAAAUUCGGGGAGCUUCCAGUUCUGGACCAUAUAGCGUCUAGGAAAUUCGAACAAACCAUCCACGACAAAUGCUUUUUAUCUGGUAUGACUCUGGGAGAACUCAGUUUCUUGACUGGAAAGGGUUAUGCUGCUAGUAUAGCAGUCGAUUUUCCAAUGAAGGCAUAUUUCCUUUCUUCUGCGGUCUUGAGGAAGAUGAUGGAAGACGAAGAGCCUAAUGAUGGGUUGGAAUGUAAAAUGUGGAAGUAUGUAUCCAAAAACUUAGCCUCGAGUUUGUUGAUGGAAAUUUUCGAAAAAUCGAUGGAACCGACAGUUCUACAAGACAAUCAUUUAUUCUAUGCGAGUUCUUUAACGCUUGAAGAACCAUUUUUUGUGGAAGAUUCUGUGAAACACGUGAUUCUUAUCGAGGGCAUCAUAAGGGAUGCAACAUCGGGAAGAAUUUACAAAGCCCCAUGUGUGAUUCCUAGAUCUGUUAAAGAGAUACUAUUUCCUGAAAAUGUUGUAAGUGCAAAAAUCCUUUUGACCUAUGAAAGGGAAUUUCAAGAAUAAGUUAUAAAUAAUUGUGGAAUGGCGAAAAUAAUUGUUCAGUUAUCAGUGUCUUAUCGAAAGUAAUAGAAAAUUAUGCAAAUUUUCGAAUUUGUUCGUUUUU